GAAGUGACGAUGCGGGCAUAUGCCUCCUCCGGCCACCAAGAUCUGGCCGGCGGCUGCGGCCAUGAAGCGGCUCGCCGUCCUCGCCGGCUCCAUCCUCCUCCUGCUCCUUUCCCUCUCCUUCUUCCUCUUCCGUCCUACUUCCCCGCCUAUCCUCAGCUCGCUUCAAGCCCUCGAACCCGACCGCCGCCUCAGGGUCUACGUCGCCGACCUCCCCCGUGCGCUCAACUACGGCCUCCUCGACCGGUACUGGUCCCUCCCCGCCGCCGACUCCCGCAUCCCGACCUCCUCCGACCCGGACCACCCGGCCCCGCACAACCACCCGCCCUACCCCGAGAGCCCCCUCAUCAAGCAGUACAGCGCCGAGUACUGGCUCCUCGCCUCCCUCCACACGGCAGCGACGGCCGCCGUGAGGGUCGUCGCGGACUGGAGGGAAGCCGAUGUCGUGUUCGUGCCCUUCUUCGCGACGCUGUCCGCGGAGUUGGAGCUCGGGUGGGGAACCAAGGGAGCGUUCCGCAAGAAGGACGGCAACGAAGACUACCGGCGGCAGCAGGAGGUCGUCGACCGCGUCACCGCCCACCCCGCGUGGCGGAGGUCCGGCGGCCGCGACCACAUCUUCGUCCUGACAGACCCUGUGGCUAUGUGGCACGUCCGGACUGAGAUUGCUCCAGCAAUUCUUUUGGUGGUUGAUUUUGGAGGCUGGUUCAAACUUGAUUCCAAGAUUACAAGCAGAAACUCGUCUCAUAUGAUACACCACACUCAAGUGUCAUUACUUAAGGAUGUUAUUGUGCCUUACACACAUUUACUUCCGACACUGCUCUUAUCAGAGAAUAAAGAUCGCCCCACCCUUCUAUACUUCAAGGGAGCAAAGCAUAGGCAUCGGGGUGGUUUAGUGCGAGAGAAACUAUGGGAUUUGCUCAGUAAUGAGCCUGAUAUUGUCAUGGAAGAAGGCUUUCCUAAUGCCACUGGACGUGAUCAAUCAAUAAAAGGGAUGCGGGCAUCGGAAUUUUGCUUGCACCCAGCUGGUGACACCCCAACUUCAUGUCGCCUCUUUGACGCUAUUGCCAGUCUUUGCAUACCAGUCAUUGUUAGCGAUGAGGUUGAGCUCCCUUUUGAAGGGAUGAUAGAUUACACAGAAUUCUCCGUUUUUGUGUCAGUUAGUAAUGCAAUGAAACCAAAAUGGCUAACAAACUACUUGAGGAAUAUUUCCAAGCAGCAGAAGGACAAGUUCCGAAGAAACCUGGCUCGUGUCCAACCUACCUUCGAGUAUAACACUAGUUACUCCAGUAGCAGAGGCCCAGAUGGUGCUGUGAAUUAUAUAUGGAAGAAGAUUCAUCAGAAACUGCCAAUGAUUCAGGAGGCAAUCAUCCGGGAGAAGCGAAAACCUGACGGCACAUCAAUCCCGCUCCGGUGUCAUUGUACAUGAACUUAUCUUAGCUGCUGGUACCACAUGUGAAGGCUUGUGAGAAUCAGCAGAUACUCCAAGUUUAUUCUUUUUUUGUUCUUAUUGGUAGUUGCAAAUAUGAGCAUGUAACAGUAGGUGGAUGUCUUUUAACCAAAAUUUUCAGUAGUUGUUCAGAGGUGCUUUUGCACAUCGUUACAUAUGUUAUUGGAGUGGGUUUGCGCAUUCAGUAAUGACAAGUCAUACAUGAAAUUGCCCAUUUGAAUGGAA